UGAAUUGUAUAUUAUUUUCGGUGAUUGCGAAACUGUCAAAGAGCUAGGGACAUGAAUAGAAAUAAAAUAAUUAUUUUAUGAAUUAUUAAUAUUUAUUUUCGUUUAUUCAUCUCUUUCGGAAACUCCGGAAAUAGUGUAAUUGUAACCACGUAUACUACGUGAAAUAAGAGUUGUUUAAAAGUGUUUUUUAGUGGAAAACAUGGAAGAUAUAUUUCAGUGGUGUAGGGAAGGAAAUGCCCUUCAAGUGAGAGUGUGGUUGGAUGAUACCGAGCAUGAUAUGAACCAAGGUGACGACCAUGGCUUCAGCCCGCUCCACUGGGCCUGCAAGGAGGGCCAUCUGAAGAUAGUCGAGAUGCUGAUCAGACGCGGCGCUCGCAUCAACGUCACCAAUAUGGGAGACGACACACCACUGCAUUUAGCAGCUGCGCACGGACAUAGGCCUAUUGUGCAAUUGUUGCUGCAAAACAGAGUGGACGUAAACUUCACGAACGAGCACGGCAACUCGCCGCUGCAUUACGCGUGUUUCUGGGGGUACAGCGCCAUCGCCGAGGACCUCGUGCUCAACGGCGCCCUCGUCUCACUGGCGAAUAAGGAUGGCGACACGCCGCUGGAUAAGACAAGAGGGCAGCUUGUGCAAAGAUUACACGAGUUGGCGAGCCAGCACGGACAAGAUUUGAAGAAGAUUCAGUUCAAAGAUCAGUCGUGGCUCGGUCUUAAGACUCGAAGCAGGGAUGCAACCUUAUCUCGGCAUAAAGGCAUCAAUAUCAAUGAAUUGGCGCUGCACACUCGUAUAGCUGUCACUCCUUCGGGUGAAACAUGGCGCGGAAGAUGGCAGAAGAACGACAUAGUGGCAAAAAUACUCGCCAUACGCGAGUGCACGCCGCGCAUACAGAGGGACUUCAACGAGGAGUUCCCCAAGCUGAGGAUAUUCUCGCAUCCCAACAUAUUGCCUGUGGUGGGGUGCUGCGUGUCGCCGCCGUCGCUGGUGGUGAUCUCGCAGUACAUGUCGUGGGGCUCGCUGCACGCGCUGCUGCACGGCGGCGCGGGCGGGCGCGUGGUGGUGGACGCGGCGGCGGCGCUGCGGCUGGCGGGCGACGUGGCGCACGGCAUGCGCUACCUGCACUCGCUGCAGCGCGACAACAUCCUGCCCGCCUACCAUCUCAACAGCAAACACAUCAUGAUCGAUGAAGAUCUGACAGCGCGCAUCAAUAUGGCGGAUGCGAAGUUCUCAUUCCAAGAGAAGGGCCGCAUCUACGCGCCCGCGUGGAUGGCGCCCGAGGCGUUACUCAAACCCGCCGCCAAACGGAACUGGGAGGCCGCGGAUAUGUGGAGCUUCGCCAUACUGCUGUGGGAACUCGCCACUAGAGAAGUUCCCUUCGCAGACUUGUCGCCAAUGGAGUGUGGUAUGAAGAUAGCACUAGAAGGCCUCCGAGUGACCAUCCCUCCAGGCAUCUCUCCCCACAUAUCCAAGCUCAUAAAGAUCUGUAUGAACGAAGAUCCCGGUAAACGGCCGUCAUUCGAAAUGAUUCUGCCCAUUCUGGAGAAAAUGAAACGUUAACAUCACUGACGCAAGGUUAUUUUUGUAUUGUACGCACAUUUAAUUCUGGGGCCAAUUCUGAAGACAUUGACUGGGGAUUGAUUGGUUCAACUUUUAAUGUGAAUUGUAAAGGUUGUUAAAAAUUUUGUUUUAUUUAUUGUCAAUUUGUAAUAUAGAUCAAAAAAUUAUUUUAAUUCGUUUUGAAUAUAGAAUUAUCUUAUAUACAGAGUGUGUGCAAAAAUGGGGUUUAAUGUUUAAACCUUCGAAUAAAUUUUGAAGAAGAUUUGUAGUUUAGCAAUAGGAAAUUGAAACAAUUUGAAAAAUUUUGAUCGAUAUUUUUGUAUUGCGUUAUGGCAAUUGCGACCUAACUUUAUAUCAUUUUUUUAACCCAAUUUGUGCGACGCUUUAUAUAUUCUUUUAAGUAUUAUUUAUUGUAUUGAAAAUCCCGCCGAUUCAGGAAGAAUGGAAUCGCUAGUCAAGUCUUCAGAAUCAACAAAUUUCGUUAACAAAAAUGUUGACAUGGAAAAGUGUAUGAAAUAUUUGUUAUUGAAACGAAAAAUUAGACAAUAUUCGUCCAAAUUGUAUUAUGAUUUUAAAUUCUUAUGAAUAUUUAAUGAAUUCAUUAAUUAAUGGAUUCAAAAUGACAAUUGUUAAAACUUAUGUUUUCUAUUGAGGUUGUUUUAGUUAUUAGGACUGGACUAUACGGAAAUGAAGGUACAGUAUGAUUUUUACAUAAAGUUUAUUACAGCUGCCAAAUGCAUUGUUAAACGAGUGCCAUGUGUUAUGGGUGACAAGAAAAAAUGGUACAAAACAGUUUUUUUACACAAACUGCCAGUAUUUGUAAUUGUUGUUUAAUGUUUAGGUUGUGUUUCUAAUUAAUUUCGGUCGAACGAUACUAAUUUAAAAAUUAACCCAUGAAAUGAAAUAUGUUAAUAUAUAAAGGUGCCUUAAUUCUAUUAACAGUUUAAUAUUUGAGGUUAGUGUUCACAGUAUUUAGAAAGGACGCCCUAUAUACCUAAUAUAAUUUUUUUACUUGUACGACAAACGGACCUUACUACUUGAUGUUAAGUGGAGUGGGGUCCAAUAGACUGUCGACUGACGAGAGAUGAUUCCCUCGACAGUCGACAUAAUUUCGCCGGCCUGUUGUUCGAUAUGCACAGAGUGAUCCCGGGACGAAAUUAACACGAACACCAAAUUAUGGUCAUUUUCAUUAUCACUACUAUAUUGAAAGUACAAUACAUAUAGUCAAACCGCAUUGUGUAUAUGAACGCACACAUAAAUAAACCUUUAUCUAAUAUAAACAUGAUUAUUUGAUUAUUUUUCAUGUUAUACUUUUAGUAGAGGGACCGAUAAUACAAGCCGCGUCCUUUCUAUGUUGUCUAACAGCUAUUUUCAAUAAGCGAUCUCUAUCGCAUUUUUCAAUCUAUCUCAUAAAUUGACCAAUCAGAACAAAGAUUUUCUUGACAUGCUUACAAAAGAGGUUUUUUGAUUGGUUUAUUUUGGGAAUCGGAUAGAAAAUUGAGAUUAGGAUCGUUUAUUGAAAGCGGCUGUAAGUGAUGCUGAAAUACUGAUAUUUGUGACCAUUGUGCUGUCUCGAUAUUUAUUUAUUCCAUAGUUUAGUGUACAAUGCAUUUUAACUGAAUCUCCGUUGUGCAAUGUUCUUAUGAUACAUACUUGUUUAAAUAUAAAAUGUUUUCUUAAUAUAGUUGUAUCUUAUGAUUAUAUACGAAAAUAUUGAUAAUGAAUGUUAAUUAUUUACAGGUUAGAAACAUAUAUAAAAAGUAAUGUAAGCCUAAAAUUGUCUAUCGAUGCUUUUGUGAAAUAUGUGCCUUACAAUAUUGAAGUAAUAAUGUCGCAAAAUAUUUUCGACACGCGAAUCGUACUUUGUAAAAUGAACUGUUCGCCAUAGUUGAAAAAAAAUGCCUUAACAUUUAUAAAUAUGAUAACAAAUUAUAAACAAAGUGUAUCUAAUAUUUAAUUUAAAUAAAUAUAUUUUGGAUGUGAAAUAAUGUUACAACUUUCAUAAAGUUGUUAAUGUACUAACGAUUUCAUAAUAAAACUAUUAAAACUA